ACUGUACAUUGUAAUUUGGAUUGACCGUUAGUUAGGAAGUUAUACAUAUACUUAAAAAAUUGUGCAUUCAUUUUCAAAUUAUCCAGGAAAUCACUUUUGAAACAGAAGGAAAUGAGAAUGAAUAAAAGUGAGAGUUUGUGAAUGAAUAUUAACAAUGUUGUUGAUUAAUAAUAAUAUGAGUUUGGAGUUAGAAUGGGAGUCUCCAACAUCAUCACCUCCUACACCUCCCUCUCCACUACCAAUAAGUUAUGGUGCAGGAAACAGGAAAUACUCUUUCUCGGCUUCUUCAACUUCAUCGCCACCUUUCUCAACCCCUGCGUCUGCUGAAAAUCUCCCUCUUCUGCAUCUGCACAAGACAUUUGAUAAUCCUAAUGUGCCUUCAGUAUUUUCUGUGGAUCGCCAAGAUCCUCCAGAAUCGGAAUCCAAAAGUACAUGCCUCAAGGACUUGUUGGCAUGGUUUAUACAUUUUCUUUGUUCCAACACCAAGUAGCAUGUAUUCAGCUUGUGACAUUGUGGAAUGAUUUCACACGGUCGAAGUCUGGUUGGAAGAUACGGAAAAGGAAUUAACUUGCAAGGAAGUUCCUUCCAAAAUUUCAUUCCAUGCCUUAAUUAGGCAUACAAACUAUCAGGAAUUUAUAUUAGAUUUAACUCAUCUUACAAAACCGACUUGUAAGAUAAAUGGUGUCACUCUUUUAUAAACUCUUUUCGCUCGGACCUUAUUUUAUCACGUGUAACUUGGGUUUUUGAUAACAAGAUCAAUAUAGGGAAGAUCAUUAGC